GCAUACUAAGUGCUCGGGCCCACACCACAUGAUUGGGAAAAUCAUCGUGUGCCCCAGUUGUACCUAUGGAAACAAGGCCAUGACCUCAUCUCAUGUGCCGCGAACUCAAGCCCUUUCUAUCGUCAUCUUAUGCAUCCGGCGCAUGGGGCAAGGGCAUGGUGCAUCAUGAUAUCAGCAUCACGCUAUCGGGUGAUCUUCGCCUCAAAGGAUUUGGCAACGCGAGAUGACACGAAGGAAUCAAAUCAAAACCUUGUGGCUAAACCCAGCCUGCACGAAUUUCGCAGGCUGACCGGCACCCCAGUACAUUUCCUUACUGCCGCCGACUGCAUUGUGAUCUGGCACUUUCUCCCCUUGUGUAUUGAUCCCUUAUAUUUACGGUGUAUCCCGCUCUUCUAUCUCUUACCCUUGGUUUCAUUAUGUACGCGUUGUCGAUGUCGCCACGGCUUUUGUCGUUGCCCUUACUCUCUGCAUCCCGACCUGUAUGUCGUCGCGCCCUCACAUUGCAACGUAACAGUCAUCUUCUUUCGCAAUGCUCAUAUAGUCAGGAAUGAAGUAUUCUUCUUUGUCCCCAUUACUCAUGUCCUGCUACAGUAGCCUCAUCGCGCUAAGAAGAAACUUUCUUAAUUUACUAUUUCUCGUCUAGUUGUAAGCCAGUGACUUGCACUUCUAUGGAGCCUUAUAACCACACACACAUACCGCCGAACCACUGGCGCUCUAGAUAAUAGUCAAGACUGGGAAUCCCCCUUUAUCUGGUUACUCGAUUUGAGCAUUCUCAUGUUAGUUACGUUGUGAUCAUGCGACGCUAUGCUUCCACUGCAUUCCCGCUUCUAACCCCCCGAGGAUCAGCCAACACUCAC